CGACGACAAAUAAGCUACUGAUUUUUUUUCUUCUUCAUCAAGCAUCAUGGUCUUCCUGGCCCCAGGCUUGGCAUCCAUGGCUUUGGUACGGAGUACUGCGGCGAACGACCGCUUCGGACUUCUUCUUCCUCUCUUCGUGACGUAGCCCACUCCUCUAGCUUGGAGGCCAUCCCCCCCCGGCCGGCCUUGGUCUCGUAGCAUGACGCCGGGAUCACCACCCUAGAGGGGGUCGAGCCAUGGUGGGCUUCAUCUCACAGCAUGGAGAACGACCUGGGGCUCCAAUGUCCGACCUUCUCCCGGUCCCGCAGUCCAUGGCCAAAGUACAUAAUGUCCAAGAGCUGCCCUGCUCCUCGGUGACCUGACGAGACGACAGCUCAGCAGCGUACGCUCGUCAAGACAUCGUCGGUCACAUACGCAGCAUAGCACCCGGAUAAACACCAUGACCCGAGUCAACCUGCUCGCCGCCCUCUCCACGGCCUGCGUCACGGCGUCCGCCCUGGUCCCGAGACAGGCCGUCCCGGACAACACCACCACCGGCACCGUCCCCACCGUAGACCUCAAGAACGGCUCCUACUAUGGCGUCUAUAAUGGACCCCAUGACCAGGACUUCUUCCUCGGCAUGCCGUACGCCCAACCCCCCGUCGACAACCUCCGCUUCCGCGUCCCUCAACCCUUGAACUCGUCCUGGGACGGCACCCGUAACGCGACGGAGUACUCCCCGCUCUGCUUCGGCUACGGAAGCGACACCUGGGUCCUCGGCAACCACGUAUCAGAAGACUGCCUAACCGUCAACGUCGUCCGCCCCCACGGCGUCGCCGCCGACGCGAAGCUCCCCGUCGCGGUAUGGAUCCACGGAGGCGGCCUCACCAACGGCGGCAGCGCCGACCCGCGCUACAACCUCUCCUUCAUCGUCGAGCAAGGGGUCAGGAUGGGCUCCCCCUUUGUCGCCGCCAGCAUCAACUACCGCCUCCACGCCUGGGGCUUCCUCUGGAGCGACGAGAUGAAGGCCGAGGGCGCGGGCAACCUCGGCUUCCGCGACCAGCGCCUGGCCCUGCGCUGGGUCCAGGAGAACAUUGCCGCGUUCGGAGGCGACCCGGCGCACGUCACCCUCUGGAGCGAGAGCGCCGGCUCCCGCAGCGUAGCCUCGCAGAUGCUGGCCUACGGCGGCCGGGACGAGGGCCUCUACCGCGCCGCGAUCCUGCAGAGUGGCACCGGUCUCGGCACAGACUUUGGCGAGGUCGAGGCGUCGUCGUCCUCUGCGGCUACGUGGCAGGACUACUACGACACCAUCGUCAACAAGACAGACUGCUCCGCGGCAGCCGACACCCUCUCCUGCCUUCGCACCGUUCCGGCCUGGACUCUUAGCGACGUGCUCAACGCCACGACCACGAACCCGGCCUUCACCGGCGUCGUCGACGGCGAGUUCCUCGAGGCGGCGCGCCACGAGCUCAUCAACGAGGGCAAGUUUACGCGCGUGCCGCUGCUCAUCGGCGCCAACUCGGACGAGGGCACGCAGUUUGGUAUCAAGGGCGUCAACACCACAGCGCAGUGGCAAUCGUACCUCCGCUCCGGCGGGGCGGGUAACCUCACGAUCGAGGUGCUCUCGGCGCUGUACCCCGAUAUCCCGCGCCUUGGCACACCGGCGACGCUCAACGGUCGACCAACGGGAUCGCAGGCGAAUUUCGGAGCCAUGUGGAAGCGUGUGAAUGCCUUCGCUGGCGACCGCGCGCAACACGGUCCCAGGCGGUUCUUUGCGCGCAACUGGGCUGGACCGAGGGCAAACCAGAGCGUGUACUCGUACAACUUCAACGUGCUCGUCAACGGCAUGACGCCCGCCGAGGGCGUGAACCACUUCCAGGAGGUCGCGUUUGUGUUCAACAACACGGGCGGGUUGGGAUACGAGACGGCGGUGGCGGUGAAUCCUUUCGAGGGCAAGCCAGAGACGUACAAGGCGCUGGCGGAGAUUAUGUCGAGGAUGUGGGUUGGGUUCAUCACCAAGGGGGAUCCGAAUGCCAAUGCUGGCGCGACGGGUGUGCGGUGGCCGAGGUACGAUGUUGAGAACCCUGAGAUUAUGGGUUUCGAUGUCAAUGUUACGGACUUGGUCCAUGUUCAGCCGGAUACAUAUCGCGCUGAGCCGAUUGAGUAUUUGAUUCAGAAGCUCUGGUCGUGAAAGUCAUGUGUUGGAUAACUCUAGGAGAGGUUACGGGUAAUUAAAAUAUAUAAUGUUUUCUACA